UCUGGCUAGACUGACCCAGGCUCGGCUGACUGACUUCUGACGCCCAACAAUGCACAACGCGCCACAAAAGUUAGAGAAACUAUCUUUACGCACGGGGCUCACGGUGAGGGGACUCAGGAACGACAGCAGCUGUGCGCCCCUGGGUCAGGCUACAAGUGUUGGUUUCUUUGCAUCCCUGUGGAAAGUCAUUUGAAGAGUCAGGAGGAGACAUGAGCAGCCUCGCCGCAGUGCCAGAGGAGAUCCAUUAGUCUGUCAGUGUUGGAUUUACCAAAGCUCAGAAGGCUUACAGCUGGAAUCUGUUCAGUUCUUUACAGUUUCUGACAGUUUUGCCCUCAAUAGCAUAACUAGGUGGUUUGAACAAUUAUUGGAUAAUAACCUACGCUGGAAAGUCACUUUUUGGAGACAUUGGAUCUGAAUUACGCACGGAAUUCCUCUAACAAAUGACAGCUUCUAAGUGGUUUGUUGCUCUCCCACUUCAUCCCCUCAGCUCCCUUUAUCACAGUGAUCAACCGUAUCACCCCCUUCACCAGGUUAGACGCGGGGAGUGAAAGCCUCGCUGUCUCUUCCAGUGAGCCAGCGUGCGGCCGCGGGCCACCUGGCCGAGGAUGUGGGGAGGAGGAUUCCCGAUGUCUGUCACCGUGAUUGUGACUCUGCUCCUGGUCAUUAUCGACGUGAAAGCUAGCGGGGAGUUUUGCCACGGCUGGCACGACUCCCAGGGAGUGUGGAAAGAAGGGUUCCAGUGCCCGGAGAAGAUCGACGGAGAGGACGCGAUCAUCUGCUGCGGGAAAUGCGAACUGCGCUACUGCUGCUCCAGCACUGACGCACGGCUGGAUCAGGGGAGCUGCGACAACGACCGGCAGGCUCAGGAGCCCGGGACAGAGACCAAAGAGAACAAGGACUCCGGUGCAGUGCCCAUCUAUGUGCCUUUCCUGAUCGUGGGCUCGGUGUUUGUAGCUUUCAUCCUGGUGGGAUCUGUGGUCGCCGUGUGCUGCUGCCGCUGCCUCCGACCCAAACAGGAACUGUCAUCAGGAGGUGCGACGGGAGGCGGGGCCAGCAGCGGGCGCCUCUUGGAAACCAUCCCUAUGAUGGCCAGCACGUCCAGAGGCUCAUCAUCCCGCCAGUCCAGCACAGCCACCUCAUCCAGCUCCUCUGCCCCACCCGCUGCUCCUCGCCCUGCUCCCCCUCCUCUCAUGCGGGCUCAGGCCUCUUGCUGCCUGCCGCCUGACGCCAGCGUCUUUGUCAACAUGCCCACCAAUUUCUCUGUACUCAACUGCCAGCAGGCCACUCAAAUCAUGCCUCACCAGGGACAGUUCCUGCACCCGCAGUACAUCGGCUAUGCUCACCCUGUGACCCCUACCCCAGCCUUCCUGGACCCAACCCAGGGAGGAUACAGACCCCUCCAGUCCCCCUGCCCUCCUCCCACCGCAGGGUCCAGUGUCACCAGUGACCAGAAAUACCCUCCAGUGACAGUGUGAUGAGGGGCCAACAUGCAGACCACUCUGCCACUUUUUCUUUUUGUUGUGAAGACUAACUUGUAACCUGUGAGGGCUGCGCCAGAGACCUUUUGGGGACGCUGCCAGAGUGGAAAAAGAAAAGGCAGGGAGUCAAACUCACAUGAAGGACUCAUAAAGCCAUUGCUGGCAGCAGGGCCUGCCCUACUAUUGUGUGUGGUGUGUGUCUGUUUAGUGUGUCAUAUGAUCUCUUGCCAAGCUGGAAUGAGCUAAGCUCAGCCUAUGAUGGGGUAAGAUGGAUGAAUAAACAAUUUUCUGUCUUGAUGCAAAGAUUAAACUGCAUAUUGGAGAGUUACACAGCCCAGAUGGGUGAUAAUGCACAGCUAAUUGUAGCCUGCAGCUUAAAUAAAGACUGUGCAUGUGUUUGUGUUUGCAUGUAUGUGUAUGGGAGAGUGGAGAAAAGGUUUGUUGGCUUGUAUCUGCUUGAAUGAGUGAUGACUGGAUGAUUUAUAACAGUGCACUGUAUGAAAAGUGGCUAUUCAAGCAAAAAAAAAAAAAAAAAAAAAAAUAAGUCAUGACCACAUGCUGUGUUUAUGCCAUGUGCAUAUCUGCACUUGUCAGCGGUUGUGAGUGGUUUAUACAAUACAGUAUAUGUUUGUGUUGAAAGUAUGAGGAAAGAAAGUAUGUGAAAAGAUGUUUGUACAGUAUGUGUGUGAGUUUGGGAGAGUGCGCGAAGUGUGGGGGGAUGUGGUCGUAUGAGUAACUGUGAGUGAACUGUGUGUAAUGGGAAAUGCAGGUGGUGUGAUGUGAAAGGCAGUUGCAAUCUCCCUGUAGACCAUUUAAACUCUAAUGAAGUGAACACAAGACACAGACUGUGACGCUCCACCCUACUACACAACCUCCCUCCUGCCACCCAAAAAAGAAAAAAAAAAAAACACAAAAACAUCUGCCCCAACUGCCCUGAACGGAAACACACAGGCGCAAAAGAAAAGUUUCAUGCAAGGCUGGCAGUUAAUGUUCCUGAGUAGUGUGAGUGUGUGACAGAGAAGGAGUGAGAGGCAGCUCUCUGAAGAUUGCAGAGUUAAUUAUACAGUCAAAACUCUGCCAAAUGCCCCUUCACUUUUUUCCUGUGAGAGGUGUGUGUGUGCGCAUGUGUGUGUGUAUUUAACACUCCCACAGUUCAGUGCAUUAGUAGAGGGCAUGGGCAGCUCCAGGGCAGCUUUGAGUCAUUAUUUUCCACUUGAGGAAGGCACAGAAAUGGCGGUUAUUAGUUGUUAAAAAAAAAAAACAAACAAAAAAAAACAAUAAAAGAGUUCUGAGUACGGUUGUGCACUUGGGUCACAGGUAACUCACAAUUAACAGUAAUAUGCAACUUGAGGAAUGUGCUGCUCCAUUGAGUGUGCAGCCUGAGAUGCCCCAUGCAGUAGUACUGAAACCAGUAUGUCCGUGUACCUCAUCUGUACUCCAAGCACAAUGUCUGUAAGAUACACUAGGCAGCUUGUGUGUGACAAAGUAUCUGUAAAAUGGUGGAUGAAAUUUGGUCCAAUGUGUUUGCUCCCCUCUGUGAAACACAGCAAUAUGAUGCAGGAGUGACACUUUUCAUAUGAAUUCUAAAAAAAAAAAAAAAAAUUACAAUA